AUGGCGUCACGACGAGCUCUAUUUACAGCCACCCGCACCCAGACACUCACAUAUCUGCUUGCCGUCUGUCCAUUCUCCAUUGCCUUUUUGGUCUUCAUCAAUUCAUCUGUCUCGUUUGUGGUCACUGAAUUGAUUGGACUGCACGAUGGCGAGGGAGACGCUGUUGGCACAUUAGGAUUUGCUGAUGAACUGCUCGCGCUGGCCGCGUGCCCCUUAUGGGGAUUACUUUCUGAUCGUAUAGGUGUCCGCAAUGUUUGCGUUAUCGGCUACGGCAUCAUAGCCGUCGCGCUCGUUGCGUUCGUGCAAGCAAGCAAUGUCUAUCCUCAGCUACUACUGGGAAGGCUAUUCUUCAGCCUCGGAGGCUCUGCAGUCUCGACCAUGGUGACGGCUGUGUUACCUGCCGUGACUGGAGGGACCUCAAGCGAGCAACUGCGUCUCAGGGAAGAAUCGCAGGCUGAGGCGAAGUCUCCUUCCUCUAGGCUGGCCGGAUUCGUGGGCAUGUGCGCUGGCUGCGGUGCCCUCAUAUCUCUAGCUAUUUUUCUUCCACUACCCGCUCGUUUUCAGAGCUGGGGCUACUCACCCUCGGAAGCCAUCCAGAACAGUUACUACGUGGUUGCUUCGGUGGCGCUUUUGGUCAGCUUCUGCAGCCUGAUGGGUCUUAGGGGUCUUGCAAGCGAAGAAGGAAAGGAAUGGCGCUUAUUGUGGACCGCCCCCAAGACAUCUGUGUCCGAGACCGACCGGGUAGAAUUGAGCCAAGGAGUGAUACAAUUGCCGUAUCUUGAUCAACUUAGUACAGCGCUUUUCUUAGGGCUGCGAAACCGAGAUAUAUUCCUCGGUUACCUGGGAGGUUUUGUGGCUCGAGCCUCAUCAGUCGGCAUUUCAUUGUUUAUCCCCCUUUUUGUCAACCACUACUAUCGACGAUCUGGUCUGUGUGGUCAUGACCAGGGCGAGGUGCCAGAAACGAUGCCGAGAGAUAUCAAACAAACGUGCCGCAAAGCCUACAUCUUGGCUUCCAUUCUGACCGGCGUCUCCCAGCUAGUUGCUCUAAUUGCUGCACCGGCGUUUGGGUAUCUGUCGGAAAGAUCGCGCCGGUACCAUGCACCGCUUAUGUUCGCAUCUUCGGCUGGUAUUCUUGGCUAUACUAUGUUUGCGCUGUUGCCUAGUCCCCAAUUUAGGGGAUCGGACGGCAGUGCGGGUGUCUUUGUCCUAAUGGGCUUGAUCGGUAUCAGCCAGAUUGGGGCCAUUGUCUGCAGCCUGGCGGUGCUGAGCAAUGGUAUCCUCAGUAUCAGUCUUGACUCUGACGGCUCAGAGACAUUCCGCAGAGAAGAGGGUCCCGUUAGUGCUCCCAAUCGUAGUGGACAAACUCCGACGAGCCAAGGGAACCAAGACCUCGACGAGCAUCAGCCCUUGCUAGACGGAUCUACGCGUCAGAGAGGCCACCAGUUGUCCGACCUGAAGGGAUCAAUUGCUGGUGUUUAUUCCCUGUAUGGAGGAGCAGGAAUAUUGUUUUUGACCAAGCUUGGAGGUCUACUAUUUGAUAACCUGUCUCCAGCAGCUCCGUUCUAUAUAAUGGCCGGCUUCAACGCUGUACUGCUUCUCGCAGGAAUCGCCACUGGCGCGAUGAGCUAUCCGAAAAAGUCUGCCAGCCGUGCUGGGGCGUAG